CGGCGAUCUUGGGCAGGGUCUUGGCUUGUCCAUUUUGCUGCUUUUAUUUGUCGCUUGCUUCUAUGUAUUAGCCCACUCUUUUUUUGCCGCCCGCUUGUUCCAACUUAUUUGCUGGCCUUUGCGGUUUCCGCCUUUUGCGAUGCUUGUUGUGAUUCAUUUACGGAAAACUUUUCCCAGGGCCACGGGGGUGAGGGACAUUGGUAUAGCCAAGGCUUGCGACAUGCAUCCUGAUGGAUCCGCCGAGCAUACCCCUGUAGAGCAGCAAAAUAGUGUGGCGGACUCCUAUGCAAAUUCUUGUUCAACUUGUGCCAAGUUUUCGCACUAGGGACAAUCAGCGGGAAGAUCUAAUAAAGAUGCGAAAAGUUUUAUCAUCCUUUUUUCUCUAGGUGUAAUAGUUUUUGCAGUCUGGGUCUUGUUAAUGGUUGAGGGCGCAGGCUGAAGAUCGCUCGUAGACGAAUUAGUUGGCUGUUUUCUUCUAUGCUUGCUAAAUAAUGCUCAGGACGUUUGGCGUGUGAAGUAAUGUCGUUGGAAUCUUUCCUAGACGGCGUAGAUGUGUUGUUUUGAAGCAAUAGCUCGGGGAUUAGUGAGUCACCAUUGAGCACGACUCAAUAGUAAUUGAAUAAUUGCCAUAACUUAUAAUAUUGCACUUUUAAGAUUAAGAAUGAUUAAUAUUCAAUAAUUAUUCAAUAACUAUUCUAUAACAUUUUUUGUGACUCAAUAAUGAGCCAGGAACUCCCAAACAAAACGCAAAAAGUUGAAAAAUGAGGGAGCAUGAUCGUCGUCAUUAAUCAGUAACUACUUACGUGAAGACAGUCAAGAAGUAACGCAUUAAAUUAGCACUAAUGGCCCGCUUAUUUUGAUUAGCUAGCAAGAUGAUGAAUCGCGCAAAGCGUUGCGCGAUUGUUCACAUGCUCCGAAUUAGCCUCAUAUACUCCAGGAACACAGACACGACUAGAC